AUGGCGCACUAUCUCACACCUGCCAAGAUCGGGCUCUUGGCCCUCUUGGAGUUGUACGCGGAAGAAGCAGUGCCUAGUGAUGCCGUGCUCCCCGUGCUGUCCUUCAUCAUCUCACACAUUCUGGAUCGCGGUUCUACCAAUCCUCCAUCUUCGCAGGAAGCUCGAUGGGCAAAGGCUGAGCGCACCGUCAGCCUGGUGGUUUCCAUCAAAGAUUUCGAACGGCUUCUUGCAAGCCAUCAGAUUUUGAUGGGCUUGCCUGGGAGGAGGCUGUUCGAUCACUUUCUGCACAGGCUUUGGGCCAUCAACUCUCUCGACGCAUUGAACGGCUUCUUUGGCAAGAUUGCAAACAUGCUGGCUAAAACCAAACAAGAGCACCCGCGAGACGGUCAGGCCACGUCGGGAGGGAUGGAGCCCAGGAUAAAGUUCUCUCGAAACUCCCCCUUUGGAGUCUUUAUCCGACGGUCUCGCCUAGAGUAUCAGCGAUUGCGCUUUCAUGAUUGCACGGAGCUCUGGAAAGCGUUUGUGAGAUACAGACAACCCACGGCACCCUAUCUGAGGAGAAAGGACCCAAACUUUGGUCGUUUGAGUUUUGACAAUGUGUUGCUGUUGGGGGAACAGGAGGACUGGUCCUCCGAGAGCGUGUCUGCUUUGGCUGCCGUGGCUUACGGCGACAUGCUCACGGGAGACGAGACCUCGACCAUUCCCGUGAGUACCGACGAUGUUGAAUCGCUGCUCGAGUUUCAGAUUGAGCAGAUGCAGAAAUAUGGGAAUCGGAUACCCCUGGAAGUGCGAAACCAGUUCCACGACCUUCUACACGAUAGUUUCCUCAUACCGAGCCUCACCCACUAUCUAAGCUUCCUCGAUGCUUGGAGGUCCGGAGACUACCCCACUGCCUUUGAUCUUCUGCACCGGUACUUUGACUACACAAUGCGAUACCGCGAUCGCCUCUUUUACCAGUAUGCGCUCAUGAACUUGGCCGUUUUGCAAGCCGAUUUCGGCUGCUAUAAGGAAGCUGUCGCAGCCAUGCUCGAAACGGUCGCCACGGCAAGAGAAAAUCGGGACAUGACUUGCUUGAACUUUGCCUUGAACUGGAUGCUGCAUUUUGGACGGGCGCACCCCAGCCUCAUCCAUGAACUGGAUUCAAACAGCUUGCUGGACGCGGGGAAGGAAAGCCUGGCCUUCCUAAGGGUGAAAGCCAAGGAGUCGGGCAUGUGGACUCUGUGGAGUUCCGUGUUGCUGACUGAAGCCAAGCUUGGUUUGAAUAACGGAGACAGCGUUGCGACGUCGCUCGAGUACGUGGUUCGAAGCUCGCAGCUCAUCGUCGAGAAUAACAUGAAGACCAUGUUCGGAUCCCAGCUGGCGCUGUAUGCUGCCUUGUGGAGCCGGCUCGGUCUGACACGACUCUCCACGCUCACUUCCGACAUCUUUUUGCGGUGCCAUGCCCGGCACGCCGUCUUUGACGACGAGCUCAAGCAUACGUGCCGCAUCGCGCUUGCGCUCGCCGACUGUGGCCGAUUUGACGAGGCCUCGCAGUAUUUGGAAAAGCUGGAUGAAAACUCGCUCCGGGCCUGGAAACCCAGCCAGUAUUGGUACAAGUACCGGGCCAUCAUAAAGCUCAAAAAGGAUCUCCAUCACAACAACCUGGAUGGUGCCCAAGAGCUGCUGGAGCAGCUGUUGCAGUCCACCUCGGACGACCUGGAACCAGAUGUCGCCUUUACCAUCGACUCGCUGCACAUCGAUUACCUGACUCGUCGAGCGGAUUUGCAAAAGGCCUUUGAAAAAGUGGAAAGGUUACUGAACAGACUCAAAGGCGAGAACAAGGAUAUUGCCUUGCGAGUCAGACUGCUCCUGCUCAAAGUCUCGUUGCUCGACAGGUGCGGGCGGCCACAGCGAGCCUUUUCGACGGCAGUCAGAGCAACGAAUAUUGCUUGGCGCGCACGGUUGAUUCCAUGCUUGUGGCAGGCCGUCGGUGCACUGUCCAACAUCCUGGUGUCUCUAGGCGAGUUCGAGGCAGCGACCCAACUUCUCGUGGCAGUCUUGCCACGAGCGUUGGAAUGCGAAAUGGCCACCCUCUCGGCGCAGCUAUACUCGUUCCUGGCCGACGCACUCGUUGGCUCGGCAGGCAAACAGCCGCCCAAGUCCAGCAAGCGCGCCGAAUGCAUGACUCGGGCACUGGCUGCAGUCCAGAAGGCAUUUGACCACUACUCGGCCGUCGAGGACAUCAAGAACCAGUGCGAAAUGAUGGCAAAAAAGGCAAUGAUUAUGAAACUGACGGGUGAUAUGGCAUUGGCGGCAGACUAUGCAGCCGCAUAUGUGGAGCUGCGGAAAACAGCCGAGAAGUUGAGUCUUGGGCGGUGA